AUGAAAGUAGAUAAACUGCGAUCACUGAGAGACAGCCAACGCAAAGUUAUUGAAAUUCAACUUGAGAAAAUUCAACGUGCUAAAGAAAAUUCAUCGAUGUUGGAAUUUCGAACAAUCUUGGAAUCAAUUACAAACAAAGUAGAAAAUUUGAAAUCACUGAACGAGAAAAUUUUAGAACAGACAGAAAUAACCGAAAUUGAAGAGGAACUUAUCAGCAGUGAAGAAUUUUCGUUGCAAAUUGAAAUACAACUUCGUCAAUUUCGUGAAUUUGACAAUUUUUCAAACCAGGAGAGAAAUAAUUCGUCAUCUUCAGAUCAACAUCAGACUGUAACUUUUCCGAGCGCUUGCAGUGUACAUUCAGCACAGUAUCAUCGUCUUCCUAAAUUAUCGUUACCUACUUUUGACGGAAAUAUUCUACAGUGGCAAUCGUUUUGGGACUCUUUCAGCACUACUGUUCACACAAAUCCGAACUUGUCAGAUGUGCAGAAAUUUAAUUAUCUACGAUCGCAGGUGGAUGGCGACGCAGCCAGAACUAUUGAGGGAUUUGCACUUACGAACUCCAACUACGUUAAGGCAGUCGAACUUCUACAGGAACAGUAUGGGCAGGCGCAUAAAAUUGUACACGCAUACAUGCAGGCUUUGUUACAACUUCCGUCACCAAACAACACACUCAGCAGUCUGAGAAAUUAUUAUGAUAAACUUGAAACCUAUAUCCGUGGACUUGAAUCAUUGAAUCAACAUCAGGAAUCUUACGGAACACUUUUAGUGCCAGUUGUCUUUGAUAAACUUCCGGCGGAAAUACGAAAAUCCUUAGCACGAGAACAUAAGGGCAGUAAUCUUCAGCUAAACGAACUUCGCAAAGCAAUUUACGAGGAAAUUAACGUUAUGGAAGCAGGUCAGAUCAACAGCCACAGCAUAUUAGAAAACCCCGCUACAAUGUCACUCUUAACAAGUUCCGGUCCUAAACAAGGAUUUCAGCGGAAUAAAGAUAGGAAACAUUCUCAGCAGCAGCAACAUUCUCAGCAACAAGAUCGACGCCCUAGUAACCAAAAGGUAUGUGUUUUUGCUCAAGUAACACACAUUUAG